AUGGAAGCUUCAAGUUCUGCUCUGGCCAAAGGACGUGGAGAUUUCGCAGCCUUGGAGGGCUCCAAUGGCCAUGCCUUUCGAUGGUGGGGAAAUCUAUGCGAGCAUUAUGCUGAGCCAAACGGCACUGGCUGCACCCGUGUAAGCUUAGACUUUCGCUUGAUUCCUGGCCGUUUCUGGGCUGCAGCGGUUGCGUCCGGUGGCCUUCACGAGGCUGAGACGAAGCGCAAGCACCAUCAUGGCGGCAGCAUGUCCAUCGGAUCUUAUUACACUUGGAUUCGAACAGAGAUGAAACAGGAUUCCGCUGUCAGCACGGUCUAA